GGGGCGUUUAGGUUCCGUACACAAAUAUGGCGGCCUCCACUGUCUGAGCUUUUCCUAUCCUGUGGUGGUUGUACUACUCGGAGAGGUCGGGAGCACAUCCUGAAGAAAUCAAAGCGCCCCCCCCGCCCACUUCAGAAAGGUGCGAAGUUGGACCUAAAGGAGCCCGUUUGGCAGAGUCACCCUCUCCGUACAACAAGAUGGCGCCUCCCUAGCAUCAGGAGGAAGCGAUGCGGUGCAGAAGAGCUUACUGACCUCUUCAGCGAACCUAUCCGCCACUCAGAUGGGCUGCGAAGAGCUACGCGAUUGGGCGAGAGUCGGACAGUCGAGACGAGUAGGUUAGAGUGCGCCGUUGUGGUGGUCUGUUUCUGUAAGGAGACAGCCGUGGUCGCCCCUGAAUCUUGAGCGGGGGCAGAAUGGACGCGGGUGAGAGAAGGGAAAUGUCUGGGUUGCUGGAAUGGGGAGGCUGUUCGGGGGCCGGCGGGGGGCUUUCUUUGUGUCUGUGGCUCAGGGCGAUUGGGGUGUGAAAGGGUGGAGGAUCGGUCUGUUUUUCAGGAGAAGCUGGUGUUGCGGGAUGGGCUAGGGAGAGGGUCGUUCAAAGAGUGGGGAGAUGGAAGGGGGGCGCUCUGUGUCGGGGGCACAAGAGGUCGUGUCUCAAAAAAGAGAGGGGGACACACUUCCUUUAUUGAAGAGGUCAUUGGGUAAAGUUGUUAAAAGGAGUCAGGCGAACGUGGGACUUCGCCUCCCGGUCUCGUUUCUGUAAUACACACACAGCUUGCUAUGGCAUUGUAUGCUAUUUAUGCAUUCCCUGCCCAAGCCAGCCUGUUUUUUGUCUUCCUAGCAUUAGCAUAGAAUGGUGUUUUCAGUCCACAGUGCUGACGCUUCAUCGCCGGUGGGUGCUGUGACCUAGUGAAAUAUGCCAGGGUUAAAAGUUUUAUGAAGUUGACAAGAACUUGGGAAUUAGUGGGAGUUGGUGAAGUUUGCGUGUGAGGCCUUGUAAGCUGAAAGUCUGUUUUUGUUUUUUUGCUCCCCGACAUGUUGCUGCAGUGGAUUCUCCUUGGGGCAUUGUGGGACAGUGCGGCUCCAUGACAGCUGGUUAUAAUACUAUGUCCAAGUGCUACAACUAAGAUGGAAAAACCGUGAGGAUAGUAAAGAAUAAGAUAGCGAAUCAAGUAACUCUCUUAUUCUUCAUCCCCUCCUUGAACUUCCCCAGUAGGUGGAAAAACAUGUGAUAGUCAAGGACUGAAGUUCUUAGGUCCGCCCCCCCCCCUAAAUAAGAUAACUUAAGCAAGUACACACACAUUCUUAAAUCUGUGCCCUACUGAACUUUGUUGAAAGCCCCUAGGUGCCUCCCAGAUAACUGAUCAUUUCUGACAGAAAUGCACAGUAUUCUCUUCCCCCCCUACUGGCAUACCCCUACUGAUCAACUGUCAUGUAGUAAUCAGUUGUUCUGAAUCCAUCAUGGUAUGAAAUGUAUGGCUCCUAAAACUAUACAAAUACCCUACAAAAAUAUGUGCUCUUUAUUCCAUGGCAGCCCUAUCUGUUGGAAUUUUGAUCAAGCCAUAUGAAGUGAAAAUAAUUAGAAUUAGUUGCAAUACAGUAUUAGAGUCAUUUGAUUGCAGGUAACCUGUUUCCUUCAGCCAGAAUGCUUGAGGGCAACUCAGAAUUGUGUCUGUGAUCACUUGCCUUGUGGAAGAAGAUUCCUCGUUCAGAUCAAAUUGUUGGCUUUUACUUGCUGUGUAUUUGAUGUCAGCCACAUUUUUUAAAAUUACAUUUGUAUUCUGCCUGGUCUCUCAGGAGUUCAGAGUGGUAUUUUAGUCUCCCAGAAGCCCUGUAAAAUGGGCUAGACUGAAAAAUAGUAAUCUGUCCAGCACUACAGAGUGAGCUUUACAGCUAAAGACCAAACUAUUAACACAGUUUGUCCUAGUAUGUCUGUCUGUGUCUGUGGUUUUUUGAUUUUUAGAAAUACCUGGUGUGUGAGAGCUGUUUCAGGACUAUAGUGUGGCAAAGGCAUAAAGUCACCCUUUCCUCCAUGCCGUGGUUCAGUCCAGCUGGGUUUGUAUUGUGUGCAAGCUAUUUUUUAAACAGGCAAACAGCCAUAAAAGGGUUGAUGGUGGUAAUAAUGUCAUGACUACUUUGGCUGUUAUUGGGUUUCCCAUAUCCAACUCUCUAGCCACUGCACCUACUGGCCACCUGUAGAAGGUUAUUGUUAUUAUUAUUAUUAUUAUUUACAGUUUUGCUCUUCUGUUUUCUGUUGGUUGGUCACAUGCUGAAGUCAUGCAAAAGGGCACCCUGGGGCCUUUGUGGGUUUGGUGGUGGUAAAUUUUAAAAAGAUUUUCCCCAAUUUCAUCCCAGUCAUAUUUUGACAUAUUUAAGAAUUUGGGCUUAUCUCCAGUGCCUGAACACUAACCAAUAAUUUGCUUACUUUCUUGAAACUGGCACUAUGAUAAACACUUUAUUUUAACAUCGGUUGCUAAGGAUCAGUUGCCCAAGAAGUUGCUCUUGAGCUAGUGAAGUGAUGGCUCAGUAAUUGAGGUUGCUUUCUUUAUUGUAGCUUGGCAUUCCAGAAACACUAACAGUUUAUUUUGUUCUGAUCUUUGACUAUAAUCAUUGAGACAUGAAUAAGAUUUUCUCAUUACUAAGAGUCUUAACAAUGGCCAUUCUUUAUCAAGCCUGGCCAUUCUAGCUGUGGAAGUUGCAAAGCAGAUAGAACAAGUGGUUUUGAGUUUUUUCAUGUUGCCUAGGUUCACAGACAGCUGUGAGAAUGAUGUACCAUUUCCCAGAGUGUAAUGGCAGUUCCUUGUUAUAUUUCAUUUUUUGUCCUUCCUUUGACGUGUAAUAUAGAAUCAUUUGUCUGUAAAAAUGAUGGCUGUGUCCGGAUAGGCGAUGCUUUGACCAGUGAAAAUAACUGUGCAUGAAUAGCCUAUAAUGGUGGUAAUUGGCCUGUGUUAUUUAUUUAUUUUUGGAUUUGCUUCCUAUGAAACUUAUUGAAGCAAUUUCACAACACAAUAAAAACAGUUAAAACAAUUGCAUAUAUAAAACAAUUUCAAAUAAAUUCAGAUGCUGACAAUGGAGACUCUGCCUGUCUGAUAUAUAAUGGGAGGGAUUUCCAAAGGGUAGGUGCUGCCAUAUUAAAUGUCCAGUUCUCGCACUGUGUGGAACACCCUUCCUGAUAAGAUGGCAUCUCUUUGUUUUAAGUCACUUUGAGUCACUUUUGUGAAAACAACAAAUAUUGAUGGGGGUAAAUAAACUGGAUGCUUUCUUUGCCGGUUUGUGACUAUUUACUACUAGUACUACUACUACUAAUUUUAUUAUUUGUAUGCUGCCCAUCUGACUGGGUUUCCCUAGCCACUCUGGGCAGCUCCCAACAGAAAAAUAAAAAUACGUUAAAACAUCAAACAUUACAAAUUUCCAAUAAUAAUAACAUAAUACGUCCAGAAUAGAGAAAACUAUGUUGACUGCAUCACUACAAAUCUGGACUUCCUGAUUGCUUCCACUUUGUUAAAACUAUGUUUGUGAGAGUCCUAUUUCCUUUGGAUGAAAGAAAGUAUGGUGAUAUAAUAUAUGAGGUGCCAGUUGAGGGAAUAAAAAAAUAGAUAUUAAACAAAAAUGAGUGAAGAUCAUACAAUAGAAUAGAAAUAAUAAUACUUACAGUACAUGGGUUCUGGUGAGAGGAGGGGGGAUUUUUACUCUCCCUUUUAUGGAUGUCAGUGUGCUCAUUGCAAAAUAAAUCAAAUAAUUAUAUUUAAUUUAUUUCCCGCCCAAAUAUUCUAAUUUUGGGGGGGAGGGGAUAAAAUAAAUAUAAUCAGCAGCAGCAGGUUGCCAUCUCCUGGAUGAUCUUUUAGCUUUCUAUGUAUAGUUGAGUCCUUUUGAUUGCUUUUCUGACUCCUUGCCACAGUUAAUUGACAAGAGUUUUUCCUUGUACUGUACACUUGGUAAGGUUGCCAGAAGUUAUUUGUUCCAGAGCAGCCCCAUAGAAGUCAACAGAUGAAAGAUACUGCAGCUGGCACAACAAGCUAAUAAUCUAAACCAUGUGCUUGUGUAUGCUGGGACCAUCUUUCUGCUGCUUAUCAUCAUACUAACUUCUUGACCACAGUAUCAUGUGGUUUAUAAUAUAUAUCAAUCUUGAUAUUGAAACAUCUUAAUGCAGAGGAAUUAUUGAUAUGUGACUUGAUGGGCAUCCUCACUGUCUGGGAACAGAAUAUAAUAAACAAGCAGUGGGGCAUGAUGCCCUCUAAGGUGAGGCUGCAGAGCAUGUGAAAUUUGAACUGAAUGUAUGAUCUGGAGAUCUAUUGAUUUUUUGACUACACAAAAUGAAGAAGGUCAAGGAGAGAAAGAUGUGACAUUGAGGGGCAUAUUUGCUUCAGAACCUUGAUUUGUUCAUGUUGAUUCAGAUUCCUAGGAAAGGGCUGUAUGGUUCCUUUGGUGUUGCUAAAGAGGCCUAGAAUUUUCUCUUUUUAUAGAUUUCAGCCUCCUGCUACUUGUUCAUCUUGUUACUUUUACUGUUGCAGAUACAGUGGUACCUCGGGUUACAUACACUUCAGGUUAAAUACGCUUCAUUUUACAGACUCCGCUAACACAGAAAUAGUGCUUCAGGUUAAGAACUUUGCUUCAGGAUAAGAACAGAAAUCGUGCUUCAGCGGCGCAGCAGCAGCAGGAGGCCCCAUUAGCUAAAGUGGUGCUUCAGGUUAAGAACAGUUUCAGAUUAAGAACGGACCUCCGGAACGAAUUAAGUACUUAACCCGAGGUACCACUGUAUGAGUAAAUUGGGGAACGGUUAUAUUUGUUUAUCAGAUUUCUUUCCUACAUUGGAUCCCAGGGUAGGCUGCAACAAUAUAAAAUACAAUAUGUCAAUAAAAUACAGUUAAAAAGCAUUUAAACAGGUCCAUCUCUCAUGUAAACCCCAAUAUACUCCGGUGACUUAGACAAGUGGUUCUCAAAGUGGGUGGCAGGCAUGCCAACUCCUAGGAGUUGGAAGUGUUUUCAACUCCCUUGAAAUCAGCUGGCAGGGGGCCGGGCCCCCUCAAUGCUGAGGGGGUAGAGGAGGCCGAGUGAGGAGCCGAGCGUGGCUGGUUCCUCCUGAACAUGAGAGAGGAAGCCAUGCCACACUGGGCUCUGCCUUCUCCUGUCAAUGCAACGUGUGCAUGAUGUCACACACUUGCAAUGUGCACUGGGGCCCCUCAAUCUUAAGUGUAAGGCAGUUCCUCUGCUAGAUGGUGCCCACCUGGGAGGGCAGUGGGAUUACCUGGGGGGAGCACAAGAGGCAGGGGCACUGCAGGUGUAAAUGACUAUCAGCCUUUGAAAAGCUGGUAUCUUUGGAUCAGGGUCGUCAAUUUUGCCGACUUAAUUAAACUAUAUAUUUUGAAUUGGAUUUUGAAUACGGUAAAUGUGCAGUUGUUACUGUUUUGAAUUUUAUUGUGCGAGUAUCUUCUUUAGUGGGUUGUGCAAACUGCUAUUCUGAGUAAUGCUUUUUACGGGAUAAGAUAAGGGACACUGGAGAGGGGUUUUUAGAACCAAGGGGGAGGUACGAAAACAUUUGGGACCCACUGCUUAGACUAAAGGAAGAGUUCUGUCUUCAACUGGUACCACAAAACAGGCAAAGUAAACACCAGCCAAGCUUCAAGAGAAGAGUGUUCCACAACCAGGACACCAUUGCUAAGAAGGCCCUCUGGCAGUGUAGCAUGGAAUAAGUGUUGGAGUGUCUAUUUUGCUCCCAAUAAAAGUGAAAUGUAAGACAGGUUCCUAAUCUGUAAAUUGGGAGUGAAAUAGCACUUCUGGGGAUGAGGGAGUCUUCCUUGCAGCCUAAAUCCCUGAAGGGUUAUGAGGAGUGAAGUGUGUAAAUUUUGAAAAUUGCAUAAUAUUCUUCUCAUCUAACUCAAGGAAAGUUGUAGCCUUCAGCUUUUUCCCUCUGAGUUGUUCUUGCUCUGUUACCUUAUCUCCUGUUGCUCCUCCUAUCUUUAUUGUUCUUUCUCCAAAAAAACUGAAACCGAAAAAAGUGCAGCUGGUGGCUUUGGUGUGACCCACCGGUUGAAAACCACUUGAGAACGUACAAUGAAAGACCAGAAUCUAGAUGUAAGUGGCUGGAUUCCAGCAGAGUAUCUAUCUUGGCAGACAGUGAACAGAAAAUUCAGCUUGACAUGGAGCAAUGUAUGUCAUGUUGUUCAUAAAUUGGCUACUGGUUCUUUUGCUGUGUGUUUGGGUGUGAGUAAUGAUGAUGAGGCCACUCCCACUAUUGGCUUGUCUUGUGUCUACAUAUGCUGGAAAAGGAAGAAAUGAAAUGUUGAGGUUUUAAGAUUAGUGAUGGGCAGAUCAGUUCAUAAGCGUGCAUUUAUCAAUCCAUUCUUUUCUAUGUUGGUGUGGUGCUUUUAAAAAUCUUUAUGAAAAUGCACAUUUAAAUAUGGAUUUUUGAACUUAUUUUCUCCCAAAAUAUAUUUAGAAAUGUGCAUUUUAUCUGAAACCACACAUUAAAAAAAAUCUUUUUAAUACCUCUUUGAGUAAGGAAACUGCAUUGCAAAAAUCUGGUAGGUAUAACCUCCAAACCUUAGCUACAUGUUGAUCCUUACAUGCAGGGACAAAAGCCUCAAAAGAUUAGUGACGGUCUUGUGUAUUUUUGUUUUUGAACAGCUACGCUCACGUACGAUACUCUCAGGUUUGAGUAUGAAGACUUCCCGGAAACCAAAGAGCCUGUUUGGAUCCUGGGGAGAAAAUAUAGUGUAUUAACAGGUAUUUGAAGGGCUAUAAAUACUCCAGUCAGCUGUGUUGCUAACUCUACUUUUUGAAGGAUUGGGGUAUAUGUUUGUGGCUUUGAUUUAACAGCUUGCCUUUCUCUUUUCCCUUCUUAACUACCUCCACUGAAUAUUCAUAGAGAGAGCAGUCAUCAUUCAAAUACCGAUGUACAGUCCAUCCUCCUUCCCCAUUUUCCUGAAUGAGCUUAGGCUCUGGAAUCUAAAGGCUAAAAUAAAGAGAGAGAGAGAGCUCCUAAUAAAAGAUGAAAUGUUAAUGUGUAUUCUCCCACAUGCAUACUGUAUUAGUCUUGGCUUAGUUGUCUUGUAACUUUUGUAGUCUGUAGUCCAGAGAGCUGAUGAACCUAAAAGAUUCCUUAACCUCCCUAAAAGGAACCACUUUUUAAAAAAACUUUUCUUGGUUUGGUUAAUUAAUUCAGUGACAGUACCACUGAAUCAGCACAGUGUCAACGCACUUCCAGAAAAAAUGACAUUUGGUGUUUUCACUUCUUUAGAGAAAGAGGAGAUCCUGUUAGACGUGACCUCUCGUCUUUGGUUCACAUACAGAAAAAGCUUUCCUGCCAUUGGUAAGUAGGAGAGUUCAUUCACUCUGUUACACCAUAAAUGAAGGUGGUUUAUUUCUUUGUACCCAAUUGCCCCUUAGCCCAGUGAUGACAGCAGGGAUCAUGUGUUGAGUUGUGCUCCCAAAAUCUGAAAGCCCUGUUCUGCUCUUUGGAGGGUGGCAUAGAAGCAUGUUGCUCUGCUAGGUUCUGGAAAGCAACUUUACUUCUUCCUCUGUUGUGAUGUGACAUUUGAUUCUAUUUCUGGUAUUCAUAGAAAAAGGAAAUGUGCUCCCACCUUGAAAACAGGAAACACACACAAAAAAUGCAGAAGUUGAAAAAUACAAAGGAAGCUUGUUUUGGAGGUCGGGUGUGUGAUGCUUAGAAGUCUAUUCCCAGAAUAAUUUAUUUGUUGCAUAUCUGUAUACCCAUACCCUGGGAUCACUUGUUGGGUGAAAGGUGGAUUAGGGAUGAAAAGAAACAUGAAAUAGAUCAAUACUUGACUUGCAAAAGAGGAAAAUAGCUUAUAUUACUUAAAACAAUUUGACGAUAUGUUACUUUCAAUAACAUUGCUAUUGGAUUUUUUUAAAAUGCUCUGGAAGCCAAAGUUGAUAGUUCUAAAGAAUGCUGAGGAUGGAGAGAAUUUUCAAGAAGGUGACAACCCAUUCCAUUUUAAGGUGUUAAAAAUAAUAAUUAGAAGUAUAGGUGGAAAUUAAUGUUUUCUUAUAGGGUUAGGGUUACAUGGAAAGCAUUAUACUGAGUCAGACCUUUGGUCUAUCUAGCUCACUAAUGUCUAUACUGAUUGCCAGUGUAGUGUGUUCUAGACAGAGGACAUUCCCAGCUGUACCAGGAGAUACCAUGGAUUGAUUCUGGGACCCUCUGCAUAUAAAGAUAUUCUACCACUGAAUUAGGGCAGUGUGUGAAACUCCCAUUGUUCUAGGUGCAUUUUGCAACUGGGAAUUUCAUUAGUGUGAGCAGUUUCUGAGCUCUGGGUGCAGUACUGCACCUAAGAUUUCAGAUUAAAACUGAAGAGUGGAAGAAAAGGAGGACCUUUUUCUGCCUCCCUUACUUCCAGCUACUCUCUGAAGACUGGAGAAGACACCCUUUUAAGAAUAUUAGGGGGGUGGGCAUGGGAAGGACUAGACCAGGGGUAGGCAACCUAAGGCCCAUGGGCCGGAUGCGGCCCAAUUGCCAUCUCAAUCCAGCCCGCUGACGGUCCGGGAAUCAGCGUGUUUUUACAUGAGUAAAAUGUGUCCUUUUAUUUAAAAUGCAUCUCGGGGUUAUUUGUAGGGCAUAGGAAUUCGUUCAUUCCCUCCCCCCCCAAAAAAAAAAUAUAGUCCGGCCCACCACAUCGUCUGGGGGACGGUGGACCAGCCCACAGCUGAAAAAGGUUGCUGAUCCCUGGACUGGGCCAUGCGAAAAAUGAGCAUAAUACUUUAGCUGCUGUUCAUUCAUUUUCAGCUUUGUAUUCUUGUUAUAAAAAAAAGUGCCUAGACAUUCCGUUGUUGCACCUAUAAGCUAGGUUUAACGUUCCAUUUAGUACUAACUUUCAUAUCUCAGUUUCUAACACUGAAUUAGGGUCAUUACCCUUCUCCCAAGUUAUGACCAUGGGGGAUUGGGACAUUCAGUUUGUAUACUUAGAAGUUGUUUCUUCUUACAAUGGCUACAAAAUAUCUGUAGCUCUUUUUCCAAUACUAUGUGUAAUCCGGGUUCAAUUCAAUAAAAACGUGUGUAUGUGUGUUACAUAAAUAUAUUUUACUUCCUCUAAUUUUUGCAUUUGUUUUUCUGAGCUGAAGAGAAGACCAAUAUGAUACAGUGCAGUCCUAUGAAUGCCAAUGCAGAAAUAAGUCAUACUGUGUUCAGUGGGUCUUAACCCCAACAAAUGUAAAUAGGAUUACAGCCAUAGCCGGGUUUCUGGGCUUUCCAACCUAUGCCUGCUCAGGUAUACAGCAAAAAUCACAUUGCCUCAUACCACAUAUGCCACACGUGCCACUAUGGUUGGUUUCUGUUCUUUCUUUUUGGUUGCAGGGGGAACAGGUCCUACAUCUGACACUGGCUGGGGCUGCAUGUUAAGGUGCGGUCAGAUGAUCUUUGCUCAGGCCUUGGUUUGCAGACACUUAGGCAGAGGUAAGUCAAAUCCCCCCCGAAACAAAUGAAUAUGGUACUGUGACAAUGUGAUAUGUUUGUGUGUUCAGAUACCAAAAAGGCCUUUUAAAAGCUGUAUUUAAACUGUGAUGAACUGGACAAUAAAGCUGUCCCUUAAUAAAAUAUUCCAGUUCAGCCUUAGUAGCACCAUCUCCUUCAUAAUAGAUAUUAUGUUGGGUAAAAGUGCAAUUCACAAGGGACAUGCUAACCUACAGUUAUUUUGGUGGUGGGUCAACUUGCUUGCUCCUUGCAGUGUGAAGUGUUUUUUGAGCAUGGAUUUGUCACAGUAGGAAUAAAUCAUUGCUGUUAGUGCUACAUGACAGGAAUGCAAGUAAACACUCAACUGGAGGGUGUUAAAACAAGACUGAGGUGUCUUUCGCUACCCAGAGACCACACUGGAAAGUAAAAUGUUGAUUUUGCUUUCCUUUUCUUUGCCAAAUGGUUUUGUUUAAUAGUUCGGGAUUAUAGUCUUCAAUAUUCUUUGUCAUUUUUUGUGAUGUUGUGAAAACAAAUAAUGUGUGGAGUUGAGAAAAUUGAUUAGAUCUUCUAUAUCUCAGAUUGGAGGUGGGUGAAAGGGAAGAAGCAAAUGGAAAACUAUUACAAUGUUCUAAAUGCCUUCAUUGACAAAAAAGACAGCUACUACUCAAUCCACCAAAUAGGUAAGAUGGAUACCUAUGCUGUGUUUCUAUGCCUUCCUUGCAGUAAGGAGUUCCCAAUUUUUAUUUUUUUGAGGGAAACUACUUAUAAAUUGCACUGUUAACUAUAUACUAAGAAUGUGGACUGUGUUUAGACAGUAAACUCAUGCCAACUAAUGAGGACAAUGGUAUAUUCAAAGCAUCUGUUGCUGUUGCUGUAAAUGAACAAAACAACAUAUGUUGUUUGUGCUGUUCAGAAAGAGAGGUCGUUAUGUGAGUUUUGGAGGAGGAGGAGGAAACAUGGUGAAGGAGGUGAUUCAGAUUUCACAUUUUAUGGAACUAGGUGAUCUAGAUGUGGGCCAUUUCAGAAUUAUGCUCGUUUCUAUAAUAGUGCAAUCCUAUAUAUAUCUACUCAGAAGUAAACACCAUUGGGCUCAGUGGGACUUUCUACCAGGUGCAUAGAACUGUUCCUGAAGUCUUACUUGUCAGUGAGUUACCUGUAUUUUUCCUUUGUAGCUCAUGUAGACAACACUAUAGCCCAUGCAAUUAGACUUUUAUCAUUUCCUAUUGUAAAUCUUGUCCCAGAGAAGAAGGCUCUAAUCAAGAGAUUUUACUCUGCAGGGUAGGCUACUGUACAGUGAGAUAGACCUUCAACUUCCUUUCAUCUAUAACAAUACAAACAAGAUAUCCUGGCACAUCUACUUCACAGAAUGUGGGGUGAAAUGCACACAAAGUGAAACCCAGUGAGACUUUCUUGAAUAGCCUUCUAUUCAAAAUCUUCAUGCUUCUUCUGAGCAAUCAAAUUACUAGGGAGCCAUUAGAAAUCUAUUUGUUUUUAAUUUUUAAAAAGUCCACUGUGGUUUGACCUUUGAUAUUGCCCUAAUAUUGUCCUGCUCACAAACAAAUGAAGACAAUGGUAUAUUUUAAAAAACUGUAUGCUUUAUAUCUGGUGCCAGAGAACAACUCUUGCUGAAUGUUUUCACUAGACAAAGUCCCUUGUGAGUCUGUCUCUGACAGCUGUAUAUAUCACGUAAAUGGUCUUGUGAAUCCACUUUUGGAUGGAUGGACCUCCUCCAUAUUUAGUGACCAUCUGAUACUAGGUACUCUCAACUUCAUUAGGAAUCACAAUUAAAUUAAAACGAGCAGUCUGAUACUAUGCAUGCUUACUGAGAAGUAAAUCCCACUGAGUUAAGUCUGCUGAUGCUGUGGUCCUCUACUAAUUUAUCCAAGUAAAUAAGACUCCUGAAAAUAAUUAGGAUAAGAAAAACAGACAGUGUGACUGUUAACGCCCAUUCAUAUGCUUGGCUGAGGUCAAGCAGUUAAAAAGAGUCAAUGGAUUCUCUGUGUGUGGCGCGUUCUAAGAUUUUUGAGGACUGCUUGAGAGUAACUAAUGAAAAGUCAGGAGUUGCCCCAAUGGACAUCACAGUGAUUGGCAGGACCCAAACAUAUGUAGCAAACACAGAAGUUCUAAUGCUUUCAAGGCUAAGGUACAGAAAUGUGUUCUUAGGGAUUAAUGGAGAAGGCAGGAAACAUGUUAUAGCCCUGGUCUCCAAAUAUGCCAAGCAGCUGCAAUAUCAUUUAAGGAGAGCUGUGGGUUCUUGGCAUCUCUCAAAAUCUGGUGAACAGAAUGGUUUUUCCAACAACAAAAACUGUGUCAGAUUAUUAUGGCUUUCCCCAUGGAAGCACAUUUUUGGUACUUUCCUUGAUGCUUCUGGAGAUGUCUUGUGCAUUACGGAGUACGAGCAUUUCUCCCCCACUUUUUAAUACCUAAAUCAUUUCAAUAGUGAUUAGAACGCUUUUCCUAAGCCUUCUAAUAUGCCUUCUUUGAGGAGUUUGCAGAUUGUUGCUUGAUACAUUUUGCAAUUAUUUCACGGGCCUUUGGCUCCAGAGAGGUAGCAAAAUCUAAGUAUCUGCUAACUAAUUGAAGUACCCAUAGUGUUUCAGAAAGAGCCUUGACUGAAAUUAUGGAGCAGUUAUGGUUUGUUUGCUGUUUGCUGUUGCAGCCCAGAUGGGAGUUGGAGAGGGGAAAUCCAUAGGCCAGUGGUAUGGACCAAACACAGUUGCACAAGUACUCAAGUAAGUGCUCAGGGAAUCCAGCUGUCUUGGGUAUUAUUAUUUUUUAGUACACUAAACUCUUAGUAACUGUUACUGUGCUAAAAAUUAGAAUUAUUUGCCUUGGAUCGAAUGAUUAGAAAACAUUUAUCCAAAUCAACACACAUAUAUGCAGUUCUGACUUACACCAUAUCACAAUAUGCAUUUUGUAUUGUAUUAGUGGAAGGGGUGAUUGAGGUUAGGGUUCCAUAUAAGUAAAGAGUCUAUGAGGAAGGCGGAUAACACUACGUAGAUAUUCUGCCUCACUGGUUAUUAGAAGGCCAGCCUAGACCAUGUCUCAUCGCUGACAUUUUACUAUGAUGUUUGUAUUUUAUACACACGGGAAACAUCUCCUGUGAAAUAAGAGCUGCAAUAACUUGCUCGCUAAAAUAAUAUGAAAAAUAAGGCUUGGGGUACCAUAUUUGCUACAUGACUACCACCGGGUAGCAAUCUGGAUUUCCAAAGUGUUCUAAACCCUUGAUGUAGUGGCAGAUUCUCGUUUCUCUAAUGCAUUUGCCUCUAACUUUCUUCUCGUUCUCUUCCUUCUAGAAAACUUGCCACUUUUGAUACAUGGAGCUCCUUGGCAGUGCACAUAGCCAUGGACAAUACUGUUGUGAUGGAGGAAAUUAGUAAGUGUUUCCUUUGUGGGGCUGUGUUGUCUUUUUGAUGAAAUAAAUCUAUAUGGAAUGGAAUGGAACUGUGGAGUGUCUAUGUUACAGCAAUGCUUCCUGACUCUCAUUGGGGAUGUGCUUUAGAACCCAACCAGAAAAGCCAAAUGAGUACAAUUAACUUUCAUCAUUUCAGAUUGUAAAGUGAAACUGAUUCUUAACUAUGAACAAGGGCACUUCUUUUAAAAAGGGGAAAGAAUUUUACAAAUAUCAGACCACUGACUAAUUUAGGUGGGGCAUGUUAGAGGUGGGUGCCGGAAAUAGGACAAGAGCAGAAAUCUUCUCGAGUGCUUUCAUAUUGUGCUUGGAGGAAAGUGGAAAGUUUAGGUCCUAUUGUUGGUGCCCCGACUCUUAAAUUCUGUGAACACAAAGGAUGGUUUUUUGGCAGCUCUUUGAGACUUUUGCUGAAAGUGUUUCUGCUUAUGACUUAUCUCUUCAUAGGAAGGCUGUGCAAGCUCAGCUGUCCAUGUCCUGGGGCUUCAGCAUUUCCUGCUGCAGAAUCAGACUUGCUUUCCAAUGGUUAUCCAGAUGGAGCAGAAUGUAUGGACAGGCUAUUGUCCUGGAAACCUUUGGUACUCCUGAUACCUCUUCGCCUUGGUCUCACAGACAUCAAUGAAGCCUACAUUGAAACACUGAAGGUAGAGGUGGAAAUUACUUACCUGGGAGCAGAACUUGUUUAUGAGUAGACAUGCCUAAAUUGUGCUGUCAAUUACCUUGCUCCUUGCAAAUCUUGUGCACUGCAGUGGUCCUCCUUUGCGGCAGAACAUUUGUUCUAAAAAUGAGUGUUCUGCUGCCUUUUCCUGAAUAAUCUGCAGGCCAGCAUGUGUCUCCAUGUUUCUAAACACAGAUUGUUCUUUACUUGAGUAGUUUUUCCAGUUUAUGCCAGCUAAUAUGUGACUCAUUGCCUGUCUGUUUUCCAGCACUGUUUUAUGAUGCCUCAGUCCUUAGGAGUCAUUGGAGGAAAACCUAAUAGUGCUCAUUAUUUCAUUGGAUAUGUAGGUGAGUAACUGUCAUCAGUGAGUACAUCAGUGGGUUACCUAGCUAAAUUUUGGGAGUACAGCUAUAAGCCUACCAAGGGAGCAACUUUAUCAGAUGCACAUUGCCAUGUCACAUGGCACGCCUUGCCAUUAAAGAAGAAUGCUUUGCUAAAUAACAAAUCUUUGUGUAUCAUUUUGGUUUAGAUAAAGUAUUAAUUGUUGAGAAAUAGAGUCAGUGCUUCCCCCCACCCCUAGAAAAAUAGGUGCCAGAACUCACCAUGAAGUUGUUACAGUAAGUGUCACAAUGUUUAAUAACAAAAAAGAGGUGCCAGUACUGUGUGCCCUUGGGUACCCCCUGAAAAAAAGGCACUGAAUUGAGUGGUCCCUCAUGCAUUACCAUCUUACGCCAUUUUUCACUGUUUCCUUUUGCAAGUAUUUAAGACCUCUCUGACUUUCCCAUUCUUGAUCUUCCUGAAAUGUAGCAACAGCGUACAUUUGAUCCGUUCUCUUCCCAUGGGAAGUCUAAUAUUGUAUUUCUUUUUUAUGGCGUCUAUUUUUGUCUAGGUGAAGAAUUAAUCUAUCUUGACCCACACACUACUCAGCCUGCAGUGGAGCCCAUGGAGAGCGGCCACAUCCCUGACGAGAGUUUCCACUGUCAGCAUCCACCCUGCAGAAUGAGCAUUGCGGAGCUUGAUCCUUCAAUUGCAGUGGUGAGUGUGUGCACCUGCAGUGAACUUUCACGUUGUGAGACAGCUGUUAACUGUCUUUCAGCUCUCCAUUAGUUUCCAGCUGAUUCCUCUCCCUACAAGGACAGUGGUUUUGUCUUGCCUCCCUCCCAUCUUCUCACUAUACUAACCAUUUAGCUUUCAAAAUGUGUCUGCUUCUCAAAACAUAUCCAAGAUAUAUUCAUUUACACAGAACACGAGACACGAUUCCUGCUGAUCUUGAAGGCAUUUUCCAUUUUCUGUUAAUGUUAAGCCGAUGCAAACUUUGCCUUUCCUUGUAGGGCUUCUUCUGCAACAAUGAGGAAGACUUCAAUGACUGGUGCCAGCAAGUAAAGAAGGUUUGUCUACAGCAAGUCCUUUGGUAAAAAAGGAUAAUAUGUGCCCAAGUAACUUUUAAAAAAUUAUAGAAGUGAAUUCAGCUUUGACUAAUACAUUUGAACAGAAUUAGCAUUAAUGCAAAAAUGUGUUGACCAUAUGAUCUUAGCUUGACUUCUUUGAGACCAGGGCCUUUCUUAAUAGCCAUGUGACCAGCAUCUAGGAUAAGUCAGGAUUGAGGAACCUGUGGUGUUUUAGAUGUUGCUGGAUGCAACUCCCCUUAACCCUGUUCCCUAUUAGCCAUGCUGACUGGGGCUGAUGGCAGUUGGAAGUCCAGCAACAUUGAGGAAGCCACAAGUUCCCCAUUCCUGGGGCAAAGGAACGUUCAGGUUGUACUUAACUAGGGAAAUGUUUCAGCUGCUUCUCUUUUUAAACCUUUUUGCCUGCUGCUCCUCCUGUGAAGUUCCCCAUUAAAGAUAUAUUUGUUAAUAUAUUUAUUGAUCAUUUGCGUCCUCCAGGAUUUUUUUAAAAAGUCAUGGUGUUUUGUAAAAAAGCAUCUAAGGCUACAAUGCUAUGCAAGCUUUUAAUAGUAAUCAGCCCAAAAUGGGGACUAAGCCCUAAUGAAUACAUCCAAACUUACUUUGAAGUAAACAUACUUUGCAUUUCACUGUAAAAUGAUAUUAAAUAAGCAAUAGCUUUUAAAAUAAAUCCAUAAAGUGUGAAACUGUCUUGCUCAGCAUUAACAAGUUAUGGUAAACCCUAGAAAUAACUUGACUGAGGAAUUACCAGCUAGUUGUACACUUUCCCCAUUAUUUUCCAACAGUUGUCACUGAUCAGAGGAGCCCUACCAAUGUUUGAACUGGUUGAACACCAGCCUUCACACUUCUCUAGUCCUGAUGUUUUGAAUCUUACUCCAGGUAAUGCUUGCCUAUUUGACUGUUUUUUGGUUACUCCAAUUGCAUAAUUGUUGUGGUAGCUUUUAUUUCUUCUUAGCCUAAAGUAUAUAUCCUAGAUGAGGUAUUCGGCAUUGGAAAGCCCACUGAAAUUAUUCAUUUCAGUUGCAGUUUUGGAAUGUUUAACCCCAUAUAGAAUCACUAUUGAAAUGAAAUCCCUUAUGUGGACAGAUGGGACAUAGUGACCAUUUAGGCACACUUUCUUUCAUUAGAAGGAAUGAGGAGACCAACCUAUUUCUUGUCAGAAAUAUUAUGCAUACGCUUGUGAUACUGGUCUCCCUUCUAGCAAAAUGUUAACUAAUGCUUUACUUAUUUCACCAUUCCUGCUUGUGGGAAAACGUUUACCUUUAAAUACUAUUUUCUCUAUAACUGUAACAAAUCCCCCUUUUGUUGUUGUUAAAUUUAUAUCCCACUGUUUCUCAAGGUGACUUAUGUGGGUCUCCCCCUGCUGUUAUUCUCACAACAAUCCUGUGAAGUAGGUUAGAGUUGACUGACUCGAGGUCUUUCUGUGAGCUGCUAGACUGAAUGGAAAUAUAAACCCUGGUUUGCUAGGUCCUAGGUCUCUCCAAAACUCCUCUCUACAAAUUUUAACGGAGAAUAUUUGGUAACAUUGUCAUUACAUAAUUUUACAGCCGCAAUUAAUAUUUGACAACCAGCAUACAAUAUUUAGUAAAUUAUAACUCUUAAGUAAUCUCUUGAGUAGGUAAAAAACCCAAAUAUUGUUUAAUUUUGAUGUCAGAUUCAGAAUCUGAAUUUUGAGGUGAAAUUCCAAAUUGUGAAACUUUAAAUUUUGUCAAAGGUUUGCGAAAAUCCUUAUCAGAUCUGAUUUGAAAUUUGUUUCUAAUAUUUAUCAUAAAAUUAUAGCAUGCUUUGCUUGAGUUUCUGCUUUUUAGUGUACACUAACAUUUUAUGUGGUUUCUGUUGGGACUGUUUAACAUUUUUUGCCAGUACAAUGAUCUGUGUGUUUCUGUUGCCCACUCAUGUCAAACUGGACUUGUUAAAUUAGCUGGACAUGGUGAAUCUCAUUGCCAGCUACUUGAACUUGUUCUCUUUGGAUCAUAGACACCAUGGCAAUGUUGUUGUUUUUUGCAUCUAACCUUAUACGGGGAAUAUGGUGAAGAGACUCACAUGUAAUUAAUAAUGUGCCCAGGCGCUAAUUCACACUUUCAAAGCAAAGUAUUGUGCUUUGUGUAGUAUGUAUCAUGUGUAAUAUGCAAGGGAACAAGCAUAGCUAUUUCAGGAUAAAGAGUGUAGCAUCAUAGCACUUUAGUAUGCUCUCACUCUUCAGAGCUAGGGAAAUUACAAUAUUCAUUGACCUCUCCCAGGUAUAACAGGAACAGAGCCCGUUUGCAUGUUAUCUGAUCAGUUAUUUUCUUUUACCUGCACAAGCAAUUUUCCAUAAUGUGCUGGUUCCGAAAACAGUCUAGUAGUGUUCCUGGUCUUCUUGAUAGAUCUAAAUAUAUGUGCUAGUGCAAAUAAUUCCAGGACUAUAUUAAUUAUGAUUAUACCUCUCUCUGCCUUUCAGAUUCUUCCGAUGCAGACAGACUGGAAAGAUUCUUUGAUUCAGAAGAUGAAGACUUUGAAAUCUUAUCUCUUUAAAGAACAAUAAGAAGCUAACUCUGCCAAUAUGUGUUGUGGGGGGAGGGGAGCUCCAUGGAGAGCCUAGGGCUACCAGCUUUCAUAGGUGCUUGUUGACAUCCCUGCCUCCCAUCCACCCCAGCAUUCUGUGCAGCCUUGGAGCUGAGUGGAUUUUUUUGCAGUGGGAUCAAGAAACGGGUCAUCAUUUAAGGCCUUAAUAGAUUUAGUCAGGCUUUCUCUGUGCAAGAGUACCUGCAGGAAAAGGAGGCAGUGUUUCCUAGGAGCUGAAGAUUAUUUUUAUGUUAGCAAGCCAAAAGGGUAAGAAAGAAUAGGAAAAGCCCUUCUGAGUGCUUGGUUCUUACAAGUUCUGUUAUUAAGGAAAACUUAAAAUCCCAUUUGCUUCUGUCUCACUUUUUGUAGUUUGAUGUGGAAACCAGCAUAAAAUACAGACACCUAUCCAAUAGCUGUCUCUUUAGCCCAGCAGAAUGUGUUCUGUGUAAAUUGGGGGGUAAAAGCUCUCACAAGAUGAUUUGCAUCAACUGUUGCUACUCAUGCUUUAAUUUAUCUCGGAUACAGUGCUUCCAGAAAGAUGUAUUACUGCUUUUAAGUUCCAAAAUGGCCCUUCAUUUUGAACUCCCAUACUCUGCCCGGUGGUGUCAUUCUAGAAAUCACGGAAUCUCAUCAUGCAUAGCAAAGAAGUAUGGGUCGAAAAUUACAAAUAUAGCUUUUCAGUAUACAGAGUAGGGAGGGCUUGGACAAGUGCUCUCUUUCAGCUUGGAGGCCAUUCACAGCACAUCCAAAAGGAAGAACUGGCAAGUUAACCAGGAUAUGGCUUCAUUAAAUAUAACCUGUAUUUGUUGGGUAUUUUUCUAUUCCAUAUUGAAAAUAUGGUGGCUGCUAUUUAAUAAAAUGUGGUGGUAGAAACAUCCACCAGCUCACUUGAAUUGAAAGUACCUCUGCUUCCUUCUCUUGAUUCCAUCUUUGUUUUUAGAUUCUGAUCAUGAAAUCCGGAGAUUGUUACAUGGAUUUAAAAUGCUUUGCUUUAAUGCCAAAAUUGUGAUAUUAAAAGCCUGGUGUGGUUAUUGCCAGAGGCUUGGCCCCCUCUUUCUUUCCCUGGUUUAUACACUACACAAGGUUAAGUUUCUCUUGCGUGGUGAUGUUCACUUGCUUUUCAGUUUUAUGUUGUGACUUGUAAGGUAUACUAGUUUCUAUAGAAAAGCUCAGCAGAUUCUGGAUGCCUUGAAAUGUUAAUUUACCAGCUCUCAGCUAGGCUGGAAAUGGUGGCUGCUGUACUCUUAAAAUAGCAUUAGAGCUACCUUUGUUUAGAAGAGAUGAGAAUGGCUGGAGAGGACCCGCCACUCCCCCACCCCCAAGUAUUGACCACCUUUUUGAAAUUCAGUCGCUUCAUUGAUGGAUGCUGGAGGUGGCAAAUAUGUUUACAAAGCAUUUUUUCCUGCAUUUAUCAGCAGUGCUAUCAGCCUAAAAGAUGGCAGUAUAGCCAUCUAUAAAGUAACUGCAUCUAGGGGUAACUGGUCUACUGGUAGUAGGUAGUAGGUCUGAUUGCCCCUUAAAGCUGCCAUAGCAGAGGUCUGAACCAUGAUGCUUAUUUGUCAUUGUUAUAACUUGCUGUCUUUCUCUUGCUGUUUCUCCUCUCCUCUUGAUCAUAGACUUUUGGAGGGAGAGGAGGCAGAGGAAGUGGGGCUGUGCUCCAUUCAUCAACUGCUUUCAAUUUGUAUCUGAAUAAACCAAGUUAAAAGAAACCUUUGUAUUUUUGGUACUUCUGCCCUGCUGAGUCGGAAAUGUCAGACUAAUUGAAAAGUGGGUCAUAACCAAAUGCUGUUUGCAACAUAUUCCAUGAAAUUUUUGGCCUGCUCUGUAAGAUAGGGUAGAGUCCCUUCCCCUGAAGGAUCAAACCAGGAGUGGCAAGAAACAUUCUGCUCACUUCUCUCCUCCAUAUUCUGGUACUGCUUGCUUUGUGAGGCCAAAGCUGCAUUUUUCAUAGAAUCAGAAUUGUAGAGCUGGAAGGGAUCCUGAGGAUCAUCUAGAAUCAAGUCCCUCAGGGCCUCUCCUUGCACGCUGCUUGACAAUGCUUGGUCGAUCUCUGUGGAAGCCAGAGCAUUUCCCCACCAGUUUGUGCGAUGCAACGGGUGCUCCUGGGACAUGCUCGGUUCCCUACUUAUCCUGUGACAAGGGCAAAAUAUAGGACAGGAUCUGGCACUGGUAGAUGCCUCACUGCUCUUGUUGAACAUGUGCUCUUCUAGUCACUGAGUCUGGGACCAAACUCCUGGUUUCCUUCUGCAUUGCUGAGAAGUAGGCAACCUCACUAGGAAGCAAAGAAGAUUGAUCCUGCUUAUAUAAUACAGGGUAUAAUGUCAUCCCAAGGUUACGGACUAACUUCUGGGAGAGGCAGAAAAAUGAGGUACUUGUUAUGUCCUAACACAGCAAUCAAACAUGAGGCCUAAAGGUUGCAUGCUGUCCUUGAGGCUUUGAUAGCCCUGGCACUGCCAAGGAUGGUGCUGGGGAUGAAGCGUAAGAGCUCAGACAAGGUCCUAGAGUCCUCCACCUUCCCAAAGCCUAGUUAGUGCUUUUUCAACUUUGAGAAGAAUGUGAGGGCUCUAGGACCCUGCCAGAGCCCCAUGCCUGCUUCCCCAAGUCCAGCGCCUUGCGAGGGCUGGGUGUUUGUAUCUUUAGUUUUCUAUGUACUUCUGUUUUCCUUUAACACAUGUAAAAGAAUACUGAGAUCAGAAGAUAAUGAUGGAAGACAGCCUCAGUGUCUAUAUUGCACCUUUGAGACCAUGAAAUGAUGUAGUACUAGAAUUGCAUCCUACUGUAACCUCCCCUGCUCUUCAGUCCAAACUUUGAUGGUGAUCUUGAUGGUUACCUAUAACUACCCUCAAACUGAGUAGUAAGAAUUUUGAGAAUAGCCCUGUGGUUUUGUCAAAACUUUCUGG